GUCUCUUGUGACUCUCUUCAAACCUCUUCUAUUCUACGGCUUUGUAUGGUAAGUAUAGGUGACAAAAACAAUCUACCUACUUGGUUUUCAUCUGCUCCUUUGUCAGUCAUCUUAUUUUAUGGGCUAUUAAAACUGUCUCAACUUUGAGAAGGUUAAGCAACAAUGGUGGCUAGAACAGUGGAUCUUCGAUCUGAUACAGUAACAAAACCAACAGAGACAAUGAGGGCUGCAAUGGCCACUGCUGAAGUUGAUGAUGAUGUCUUGGGAGCUGAUCCAACUGCGUUCCGGUUAGAAUCGGAGGUCGCCAAGAUCACGGGCAAGGAAGCUGGUCUAUUUGUCUCAUCAGGCACCAUGGGUAACCUCAUAAGUGUUCUAGUUCAUUGUGAUAUAAGAGGAAGUGAAGUCAUUCUUGGUGACAAUUCUCAUAUCCAUAUUUAUGAGAAUGGGGGUAUUUCAACAAUUGGAGGUGUACAUCCAAGGCCAGUCAAGAACAAUGAAGAUGGAACAAUGGAUAUCGAUUCAAUCGAAGUCGCUAUUAGAGAUCCGAGAGGAGAGCUUGUGUUCCCAACUACAAAGUUGAUUUGCUUGGAGAAUUCGCAUGCCAACUCCGGUGGUAGAUGCUUGUCUGCGGAAUACACCGACAGAGUUGGAGAGCUAGCUAAGAAGCACGGCUUGAAGCUUCACAUCGAUGGGGCUCGCAUUUUCAAUGCAUCAGUGGCACUUGGAGUUCCAGUUCAGAGGCUUGUACAAGCUGCGGAUUCUGUCUCGGUGUGUCUAUCAAAAGGUUUGGGUGCUCCAGUUGGAUCAGUCAUUGUUGGUUCGAAAAGCUUCAUUACCAAGGCUAGGAGACUUCGGAAAACCUUAGGUGGUGGGAUGAGGCAGGUUGGCUUCAUCUGCGCUGCCGCUUUUGUUGCUUUGAAAGAGAAUGUUGAAAAGCUUGAUGGUGAUCACAAGAAGGCAAAGGAGUUAGCAGAGGGCCUAAAUCAAAUCAAAGGUCUAAAAGUGGAUAUUGCUGCAGUGGAAACCAAUAUUAUAUAUGUUGACAUAGUGGAGGGCUCAAAAAUCACAGCAGAGAAACUAUACAAGAAUUUAGAGGAACAUGGUGUACUUGUAAUGCCAAAGGGCCUAUCCAGGAUGAGAAUUGUCCUCCACCACCAAAUUUCAUCAAGUGAUGUGCACUACACUUUGUCGUGCUUUCAGCAAGCUUUCAGUGGUAUGCACCAAGAAAACGGGAGCUACUCGAUAUCAACAUCUCGGGAUGUUUCAUACUCGUAAUCUUAUACUUAAGAGAUCACACUCAUAAGAAUAUAUACAAUCCUUUCUUCUAUUCUCAUACCAACAACAAAAUAAAAAGAAGUAAGGCAAGGGCAGCCUCAUAAUAGUAAAGCAUAGUUCUGUUACAUUUAGUAAAAUGUUUCAUUUUAUGUUGCAUGGAAGAAGUGGCAAACAAGGAGACAGAUAUUGCAAGGAUAUAUAGGGACCAUUGGGAGGGGCAGACAGGGUCCCUUUCAGGUGAGAACCCAAAAAAAUUAGCGACAUAUGAGCCCCAUUAAAUAUGAUUUGACAUUGGGCCUACCUUUCAUGUGAAUCAUCAAUUAAUUUGCUUCAUACUUUAGUUUCUUUAGGUUGUGGCACUGGUGUAAAGUUGGUUGCAUUCGAUAUAUAAUAUUACUCUUCAUUUUGAAAUA